GAUGUAGCAUGUAGCGAUGUAGAUGUAGCUGCAUGUAGCAUACAGUAGCACAGUGUGAUCAGCGACGAAAGAGAAAGCUUAAAUAAUAAUUAUAAUGGAUAUAAUAAUUGAUACAAGAGGUGAUUUCGACCUGACAAAUAGGGAUCGAUUAAUAGACAGCGACGAUGACGACGAUAUGGAAAUUAAAACCAAUAUUGAUCCAACAAGGAUAUAUGACGCAGAUUAUCUAGGAAUUGAGAAAAAAGAGAAACCGGAAAAAAAGAAACUUGUUUCCAGUAAGGACUUUGAUCUUGAAAAGUUUGAAACUGAUAUGGGUUGGAAAAAAACCCAUACGAAAGAGGCUUUGGAGCCAAUGGAAGAAUUAGCGCAUAUAAGAAAAGAGAUCAAUCCAUUGGACCAAAUUUUGAAGAAGAGUGUUAUUAAAUCUGAUUUUGAACAGUUGCAUGUUGUACCGCCCUACGAGUUAAGCAAACACCACGUGGAAAUGCACAAACGACGCGAGAAACGAAGGAUGGGAAUGGGCGCGGGAUGGUUUAACAUGCAUGCACCACAAAUGACCCCAGAGAUCAGACAUGACCUCGAGGUACUAAGAAUGAGAUCUGCCUUGAACCCAAAACACUUUUACAAAAAGAACGAUAUGAAAGUACUGCCGAAACACUUCCACGUCGGUAAAGUUAUUGACUCCCCGAUGGAUUUCUACUCUUCGCGUCUCACGAAGAAGGAACGCAAGAGGACAAUCAUUGACGAACUUAUGGUAGACGCAGAAUUCACAAAGUACAACAAACGUAAAUAUAAGGAGAUUAUCGAAGAGAAGCAAAAGACGCACUAUAAAGCACACAAACACGCAAGAAGACUUAAGGGAAAGAAAAAAUAAUAAUAUUUACCGCUAUUAUGUAUUUAAGAAACAGAAAAUUAUUAAAAAUUA